GUUAUAUCUUUGAUUCUUAUAUAUCUCAUAAUUGAAUCACUAUAUAAAAUUCUAUCAGUGCAAAUCCAGUUUACAGUUCACCAAUCCAAGUGUACUUCACUCAAUGACCUUAGCUUUAACCAAUGGCACACUCUGAUUGACAACAGUUUACCUUAAUCAGCGACCUAGUUAAUCCUCAGCGCCUAUUGUUCCAAAAAGAAAGCAAGCAAUCAUUUAUUGUUCAUAUUUCAGACCUUCGUAGGUUUAUGUACGUGAAUUCGUGGACGGCAAGCAUCGCCAGUAGAAAAAUAGCUUGUGGAUUAAAUAAUACAGCAAUACCAUAAACCAUUUACUUAAUAUUUGUAGCAUUUCGGUCCUUUUCAUGAGUCUUAGUUCCAUCAAAAUGAAUUAAUAAUUGCUUAUUAGUAAGGUUAAGAAUAGUAGUUCACUAUAUAAUAGUCCUACAAAGUUCCAACUUCAAUCCUUCGUAAAUACAAUACUACUUAUAAAUAAAUUAAUAUAUUUAUAAUAUCCCAAUGAGCAGAAAAAUUAAACUUUCUGACGUUUCGUGACUCAGUGUAAGCCACUUCUUCAGAGAAUAAAUAACCGAAUUUUGAUUUGAUUAAUUUAAUUUUUUUACUCAUUGGGAUAUUAAAAAUAUAUUAAUUUAUUUAUAGCAUUCUACUCAAUGCUCAAUUUAUUCGAAAUUAUCAAGUCAAACCUUGGUAAUGGUACAUACAUAUACUACCUAUUUUAUUACACUUGGAUCCGAGCUAAGUUUGAAAUGAUUCUUCCCAGUGUUUUGUUUCUUGUAAAUGCUUUGUUCUCUUUUUGAAAUAAAUUAUCCAACAAUCUGUAUUGUAGCGCGCUAAAAUUGUUAUCAGCAGGCCCCAUGACUUUUUGGCAAGCAUGCAAACGCAUGCUUGGUUGCAAGCAUCACCUGCUCUGAAAGUUUCAUCGUCAUAUGGUGUCGACUUGGCUGGCUUGUCCCCUGAUCCACUUCCAGGUUCUACUGAUGAAGAUGAGAAACCAGUGUCUUCUGACAGUCCUUUUAGUGUGUUUGAAGAGGAUGGGGCAUUUUCUCCGAUUGAUUUACACGCUUGGGAAAGAUUUUCAUUCUCUGAAAUGUCACGUUUUCCUACAUUGUACUUAGCUGUACGAAAUUUAGUUCUUUGUUUAUGGUUUCAUAAUCCCAAACGUCUAAUAACCAGUAAAUUUGCAGCUAAUCACUGUUUUGUCCGGGGCUUACUACGUAUAGUUUUGUGUGAACACUGGAUACCACAUCUAAUCGAAGAAUUUACAUGUCGUGGUCUAAUCAACGUUGGUGUUUGUCAAGUAGAUCCGUUUGAUCUAGCUGUAGAGAGUGACCAGAUUGUCACUGGUGUUUCCAAAGAACAACAGCAACAACAACAAAUUCCUUCAAAAUUUCAAUUACGAUUAAUCGGUGAUUCAGAUUUGACAACUGCUGUAACUAUCCGUCAACUAUGGAAUGCACUUUAUCUACAUCAGUUACAUGUUCAAUCUAGUCAACAUGUUCAGUCACAACAACAAAAGCUUUAUUUUCCUGUAUCUAUCAAAUCAGUACGUUCUCCUAGUGUUGUUAGUGUAUUGUCAACAGUUACAAAUUCGUUAAAUAAUAACAAGCUUGCAGAAUUAAUGAUCCAGUUUUCCACUUUGAAUAAUACUAUUCAAAGCACUGUUGAAUUGUUUACAAACAAUGGGUUCGAUAAAAAUACAUGUGAUAAUAAUAAUAAUGGUGAGAUGAAAAAUUUAACAUCAAAUGUUAUAAUGUUAAAAAGGUCCAAACAAUAUCCUGUUUUAUCUAUCCCAUCUUUAAUGUCUCCUGUUCAAAUCGAUGAAAAUAAGAAUUUAUCGGGUAUAUUUGUACCACUACAUUCAUGGUCAGAUCGCAUCUAUACUUAUCCACACCAUCCUGUGUCGAUAUUUGCUUGGCAAACAGGUUUGGAAUUACAUCCUAUUGCAAAAUGUCUACUUUUACAACCGUCGUCAAGUGGAUUUGUAAUUAAUAAUAAUAAUAAUUCCAAUGAGGAUAAUAAUAUUAAUAAAUUCACACUUAUUCCAUCGAGUCAAUCUGUUCGUAUAGAAUUUCAUGUUGAAGCUAUCUUAGACUUAGUUGUUCAACUUUAUUCAGAUAAAACAAAUGCUGAGAUUAAUCCGAAAGUAGAAGAAAUGGAAGGAGUGGAUCUUGUUACUGACAUCAAUAAGAAUGAUAAUAAUACUGUAUUGAAAUCCAUAACUCAUAGAUUGCUUGACAGAACUUCUUCAGUUGAAGGUGACAGUAUUAUUGAUGUUAAUAGUUCAAUGCAUAUUGUUUCCACUCCGUUGAAACAGUUUAAUUCUAUUGAUAACAAUAAUAAUAAUUAUACUAAAGAGAAAGUUAUUUCAGAUGAUUUGAAACGUAUUCGUUUAAAUUAUACCGAUGGAACUGAACUUGUUGAUUGGGUAAUCGUGACAACUCCCAUUGAUCGAAUCCGUUUAUACUUUGUGCCCAAAUCUUUGGUAUCAAACGACAUGUCAAACCACUCUGUCCAAUAUUCAAAACAAACAUACCUAUCAAUCUAUUUACCCCUUUAUCUUCGGUCCUUUUUGAUUGAUGAACACUAUUUACUCAAAAAUGAACCAUACACUCUAGAUGUAAAUCGCUCAGUGGACAAGAAUAUUGGUCAAUACUCACCAAACGCUCGCCUAAUUACUAUCACAUUAGUUUAUUCGUCAAGUUGGUGGAGACAAUAUACUACUGAACGUUUUGUGAAUUCUGAUUUAAGCCAUACAGUUUCAUCUCAUGGAAAUAGCUUCAGUGAAUUAUUCUCAUUCCUUCCAGAUAGUCGGGAAAACCGAGGAUUUUGUCAUGUGUUUCGUGAUCUACGUCCGGAUAUUAACUCUCCAGGGAUUUUACAAACUCAAUUGUUCGCAGCUUCAGCAGAUCACUGGUGGGAUAAAACAGAUGUAAUUUUACAGACUGCUGUGGAUCGAUAUUUGAAGACCCAUUUCAUGAUAUCAUCGUCAACGGAAGAAUCUCAAUUUUCUGAUAGAUUUCAUUUAUUAUCUUCAUAUGUCGCUCGUUUACAAGCUCCCAAUUUGAAUUCUUCGAAGGAUUGUAUAUGUGUCGUCAAUAAUGAAGAAAAUGAUUAUAAAGAAAAAUGGUUUCAUGUUAAACGAUCUGCUUGGAUGGAACUUGUAAAACGUACUGGGAUACUUAUUGUAAAUUUGAUACAGAAUGAAAAUUAUAUAGAUUAUGAUAGUCGGAAAGAAAAUUGUUUACAUAUCAAUAAUCAUCAUGCUAAUUGUCUAACUACAUCAGAAAUGAUUUACACGUCAAAUCCACUUCAUUAUUCAGGUAUGGAUGCACUGACGUCGUCAGUACAAGCGGGUUUAGAACUGGCAAACUUAACUUUACACUUGUUGCCACAUAGAAAUCAAUUCCAUUCUAAAUUCUCUUCAUUAGUAUCUACUAAUGAAACAGUAAUUAGUGUUGACGAUCAAUCUAAUGAUACAUGUGAUCCUAAUUCCAAUGAAUCAUUCAAUAAUUCACAUUCCCAUCGAUCAUUAGAUGAUGCUGAAGUUAUUAAAUCAUCAUGGGGACGUGUACAAAAUUCAAAUUGUCAAUCUCCAGAAUCCUAUUUCAAUAAUAACGCGGAAUGUUUAAGUGCGCGUACCAGACGCCUUUUGAAACGAAGGCAUUCUGAAUCAGAUCAAAAUCUUACUUGUCUAGAGUGA